AUGAGCCCUUCUGUGGGCGAUGCCCCGGCUCCAGCCGACUUGGAGAAUGCCGCGCACAAGAAUAUGGACGUCUGCCCGGCAUCUCCGGAACUCGAUGAGAAGCUGGAUGGUGUGCCGCCGUACCGCGAAGAUGCCUUUGGGGACGAGGAGUUUGCCGAGGUCAAGUACAAGGUGUUGAAGUGGUGGCAAUGCGGUUUGCUGAUGGUCGCCGAAACCGUGUCGCUGGGUGUCCUGUCCUUGCCAGCUGCCGUCGCAGGCCUGGGUCUCGUGCCCGCAAUCAUCAUCCUCAUUGGACUGGGUGUCCUGGCCACAUACACCGGAUAUAUCAUCGGCCAAAUGAAAUGGAAAUACCCGCACAUCUCGACCAUGGCCGACGCUGGCGAGGUCAUUGGCGGUCCGAUCGGGCGCGAGUUCCUGGGCGUGUGCCAGAUCCUUUUCCUGGUCUUCAUCAUGGCCAGCCACCUGCUGACAUUCACCGUGGCCAUGAACACCAUCACGGACCACGGCACCUGCUCGAUUGUCUUCGGGGUGGUGGGGAUGGUCGUCUCGUUUCUGUGCUCGCUACCACGGACGCUUGUCAAGAUGUCGUGGCUGUCUCUCGUGUCCUUCGCUAGUAUCAUCAUCGCCGUGCUAAUCUGCAUGAUUGGCGUCGGCAUCGGCAGUCCCGGCACCGGCGUCGUGGCCGUCGUCGACACAAACCUCUACCACGGCUUCACGGCCGUAUGCAACAUCGUCUUCGCAUUCUGCGGCCACGCCGCCUUCUUCGGGCUGAUGGCCGAACUGCGCAACCCGCGCGACUUCACCAAGUCGCUGUGUCUGCUGCAGGGCGUCGAUAUCUCGCUGUAUCUCAUUGCCGCCGUGGUGAUUUACCGGUAUGCCGGCGACGAUGUCACCUCGCCUGCGCUGGGGUCGGCGUCCAAGGUUGUGGCCAAGGUGGCGUAUGGGAUUGCAUUGCCGACGAUUAUCAUUGCCGGCGUCAUCAACGGCCACGUCGCCUUCAAAUACGUCUACGUGCGCAUUUUCCGCGGUACAGACCGCAUGCACAAGCGCGACUGGGUUGCCGUCAGCUCGUGGGUGGGCAUUGCCCUGGGACUGUGGAUCGUGGCCUGGAUCAUCGCGUCUGCGAUCCCGGUGUUUAGUAACCUGCUGAGUUUGAUUACUGCCCUCUUCGCCAGCUGGUUCACUUACGGUCUCAGCGGCAUCUUCUGGCUGUACAUGAACAAGGGCCUGUGGUUCUCGUCGCCGAAGAAGAUUGCGCUGACCGUGCUGAAUCUUGGGAUUAUCGGUAUUGGAGCAUGUCUCUGCGGUCUCGGCCUCUACGUCUCUGGAAAAGCCAUCCACGACCACCCGAGCAGCGCGAGUUUCUCGUGCGCGAAUAAUGCGUGA